UAUUCUCGUUAUUUCGAGAUUUUACCGAUGAUUGGGAGGUAUUAUUUGACGAAUCCGGAGGGAUCCCGCCGUGAAAUCAUUCCAGUGGAUAGUUGAGUUUUUAUUUAUAUUUUUCUGUACACAUGCACGAAAUUUUGGAGUGCACUCGCCUGAUCGCCCCGUAUUCCGGAGGCAGAAGCAAUCCCCACCCUUAUCAAAUUCAAUUGCAGAUGGAGGCCAGGUGAGCUCUGGAUUUCUCCCUGUCUGCUCAAUAAUUUGUUGAUUCCUCUUGACAGAUUAGCGGAUUAAUCAUGAUCUCCGACGCUGGACAAAACGGGAGGAGCCAGACAGGGCAGACCGGUCAAGUCACUGCUAGAGUACCCAGAAUUUAUAAAAUUGUUGUUCUCGGAGAUGGUGGUGUUGGAAAAUCAGCUGUCACACUUCAAUUCGUGAGUCACAGUUUUCUCGAUUACCAUGAUCCAACCAUUGAGGAUUCUUAUCGGCAACAGGCGGUUAUCGAUGGAGAGCCAGCCCUCCUGGACAUCCUGGACACCGCAGGCCAAGUGGAGUUCACUGCGAUGCGAGACCAAUACAUGAGAUGUGGCGAGGGUUUUAUGAUCUGUUAUUCAGUGACCGACAGGCACAGCUUCCAAGAGGCACUGGAGUAUCGAAAAUUAAUUUCUCGUGUGCGAGCCAACGAGGAUAUACCGCUGGUCCUCGUUGGUAAUAAAUUCGAUUUACAGUCACAACGAAAAGUCUCCACGGAAGAGGGAAAAUCCCUGGCUGAUCAGCUCGGAUGUCCCUUCUUCGAAACGUCAGCGGCACUACGGCAAUUCAUCGAUGACGCAUUUUACUCGAUCGUACGACAGAUACGGAAUAAAGAGAGAAAUCGCGAGACAGCUAGGAAAAGAAGUCGAUGGCGAAGGCUCCGUUCUAUUUUCGCUUUCAUAUUUCGUAGAAAAAAUAGAAAUACAUCUCACUACUCUCCAUAAUUACUUUUCAUUUUUUUCUGAGUAUUCUACGCUGAAAACAUGUACGCAUUUAUUUAGCUUCUAGGUAAAUUAUGAACGGUACUAUUCGGUAACUAUAGUAUUGAUAUGGUUCAUUGUGUUGUUGGUGUUGUACUUAUGAGAGAAUACGCGAGUUUAAAAUUCUGUGGGGGAGAGGUAGAGGGUAGCAAGUCGAUUUAGCCAAUUUGUUAAUUAUCGGGGGAUAUCGAUGGACCUAUGACAUUUUUUGCAGCUCCCAUUCGAAAAUAAUUUCGCUAUCACUCAUAGAUCCAGAUAUAUCGACGAGAUUCGAAAAUUCGACUUGUUAUCCUUCACUUUUUCGUUACUCAAUUAUUCUAUUGUACAUAGCGAUAAGCAAAGAUCGAUUCAGUUCUAGUCAUAAAUUAAGCAUUUCAGUUGCAAAGAUAUAUAAUAAUAAUGUUGAAUAGUAUAGGAACAUAUAGUUUUUUUUUAUUGAUUGAAUGUGUCUUUUUAUACAAACAUCCAGCAAUAUUUAUAAUUUCAACCGAGUAAAUGCAGACAUCCAUUUAACUCAAGAAAAAAUCUUCGAACUUCAUAUUUUACUCUGGAUUUGGAACAUACCAAAGCUAAUGUAAAUCAGUAUUAAUAACCAAAACAUUUUGCAUAACGAGAUUCAUGAUCGAAAACAACGAAGAGAUUUAAAAAAAAAUAAUGACAUUUAAAUAUACAAUCCUGAUAAUUUAUGAUGUGAGACAAUACUCCAUGGAAACAUAAUAUGCUUGUAGGCAUUUGAAAGAAAAAUUACCACGUAUUUAUUUCAUAUCAUUGUUGAAACAAGGUAUAUUUUUAGAACAAUGUAGAAUCAACAAAUAAAAUUGUUCUUAUUGAUU